AAACACACUUCUUGUCUCGGAAACAAAAAAAAAAAGAAGAAGGAACUUACAAGAAAAGAGAUCAAUGGAAGAAGAAUACAUAAGAGUGAUUAACAUAACAGUAAUUGGUGUUAUCUCAUGGGGUUUGAUUUUCAUCCUCGUGCGACGAAUCUUCUCAAACUACUCCUUCGACUUCAGCACUCGAAUUGUCUCGACCCUUCACGCCACAGUCGCGGUCGUUUUAGCUACUCUUACGAUUCAAGAUUGGUCUUGUCCAGUUUGUCCCAUCGCUUCUACGUCAUCUCUCCAGCAGAUGGAAACAAUGGCGUUUUCGUUAUCUUACAUGAUCUACGAUCUCAUUUGUAGUCACUUUGAUCAAGUCCUUAGCAUUGAUAAUGCUGUUCAUCAUUCUGUCUGCAUUCUUGGUUUUGUAGCUGGACUUUUCUACCGAAAGGUAAUAUAUAUUUUGUU